AUGGAUUUAUUCAGUCGAAAGACCGAUAUACAAACUCGGCUUUCGGCUGUUAACCAGAUUAAGACUGAACCUGACGUUUCUUGCGCAACCGAACUUGCAAUGGACAAAGGUGUUUCGACUCCCAGCGGAGAUGACUUGAACCAACAAAUUGGUCUUUCUUUGAUGGCGAAAGACGAUGAACAAAACCUGACUGUAUUGGAAAAAGAACGUUUGGAGAAUGAGUUGAGUCUAGUUCAAUCCAAACUGACAGACUCCUCAUCAAAGUUGGAAAUAUUUCAGAACGUAAACGACGAGUUGGCAACUACCAAAAUCGAACUGGAAGAAAAGAAAAGUCUUAUUACUGACAUUACAGAGAAAAAUCUUCGCUUGACAAAUGAUGACUCGCGGUUAAGGCGAAAAAUUGAAGACCGGGAUAGAAUUAUCGAAUCCAGUGCGAUUGAUCAAAACCUGAUUGUAUUGGAAAACGAACGUUUGAAGAAUGAGUUGAGUUUGCUUCAAUCCGAACUGACAGACUCCUCAUCAAAGCUGCAAAUGUUUCAGAACGUACACGACGAAUUAGCAACUACCAAAAGCGAACUGGAAUAUAGCAAACGUGUAAUAACUGAAAUCAGCGAGUUAAAUCUCCGCUUAACAUAUGAGGAAUUGGAAAAAGAACGCUUGGCGAAUGAGUUGAGUCAAGUUCAAUCUCAACUGACAGACUCCCAUUCCAAGGUGCGACAAUUCCACAUCAAGUUGGAAACUACCAAAAGCAAACUCGAAAAACAGAAACGUGUCAUUACUGACAUUAAAAAGAAAAAUCUUCGCUUGACAAAUCAGGAUUCGCGUCUGAGGCGAGAAAUAGAAAAAAGGAAUAGACUGAUCGCAUUCAGUCAGGCGGAAGUGGAAAAACUACGAGUAUCCCUUAACAACCAUACCGACACAAUCGGACAACUACUGGACCCGAGGAAUGACGAGGAAGUCGACAUUCAAGUCGAAAAACCCAAUGAGAUCCCGGCGGCGAUACAACAAGUUGAAACGAUCCAAAACAACCUGGAGAGUCUCAAGUUUCAACCGCUGGAAGCUAUUUUCACCAUCGAGAAUUUAUCCAACGAAAUUGCGGUCGAGAAUCAGGAAGACAUUCCGGUUGAAGAACAUCCGUCCAACCAACAACUUGGAAUGGACGAGACAAAACCAGUGUGUCUAUCGGAGAGUUUGUCCGAGACCAUUGUCGACACCGGAAAUGUGACUAACGAAGAUCCGGUGGGUGAUAUUAAACUACUUGAAAUUGCAGAAGAGACGAUUAUAACUGAGGAAAGUGGACAAGUUGAAGAAAGUGGACAAGUUGAGGACAGUGAACAAGUUGAGGAACAGUUGUCAAAGGCUCAAUCCAAGAGCACUGAUAAUCAAUUCCGUCAUAAGCCUGGAGAUCCACAGGUACAGCCCCAUAUUCCCGAAAAAUCUGAUUUAAUGAAGAAGAUUGACAAUCAGCCCCACCAAGUACCAAAUCUCGAAAAAUCUAAACUUCUACAGAAUCGGGCAAUGGAUGAGAAACCGAAAGCAGAACCACAGCCGCUACCUGAUUGCGAGGAAGAAAAUCAGAGAACCGGGAAAUUCAAAAUCAGAGUUCGGAGGGGAGUAAACUUUCCGGAAGCCAAGGCUUCUGAAAAAUAUUACGUUUCAGUUUCCAUCAUGUGGGUCCGCGUCCAAGACAAGAAAAUCAACAAAUCCAAAACGAUCCUCGGCAUCCAGCCGGAGUGGAACAAAGAAUUUACCAUCGAGACUCCAGAUCCGGAAUGGUGUCUAAUGACAAUCAAACUGAAAAAGUCGUCGAAAUUGGGUUGGGAGACGUCAACGGUUGGAUCCGUCGUAGUUUACGCGUCCGCAUUGAAAGUCAAUCAAGUCAAUAGGCUGCAACUAUACAAAGCCAGUCGCAAUCCAGAGGGCAGUUGUCUUGAGCUGGAGAUAAAAUACCUGCCGGAAGUCAUUCCACGUUCAGAACCCAAGGACACACCGGCUAAAGUACCCCCGUCUAACAACAAGAAGAAUGACAAUCAGCCCCUCCAUAAACCAAAAGACCCACACGCAUUGCCCCCAAAUCCCGAAAAAUCCCAACUACCACUGAAUCGGGCAAUGGAUGAGAAACCGAAAGCUCCAGCAGAGUCGCUACCUGAUUGCAAAGAAGGAAAUCAGACACCCAACGAUUUCAAAAUCACAGUUCAGAGGGGAGUAAAUCUGCCGGAAGCCAAGGAUUCCGACAACUAUUACGUUUCCAUGCGGGUCCAGGAAGGGCGCGGCACGAUCCGCAAACAGGACAAAAAAGUCGGCAAAUCCAAAACGAUCCGCGGCAGCCAACCGGAGUGGAACAAAGAUUUUACCAUCAAGACUACAAAUCCGGAAGAGUGUCAAAUAACCAUCAAAGUAAAAAAGUCGUCGAAAUUCUGUUUGAAAAAGUCCACGGUGGGAUUCGUUAAACUUGACGUGUCCAGCUUGAACGACGGCCUCAAUAAGCUGCAACUCUACGACAAGUCUAACAAUCCAGUGGGCAAAGCUUGUCUUGAGGUGGAGAUUACCAGUUCGGCCAAAGUCUAA